GCACAACGCCAUCUUUAAACCCCACAAGAGGCCAGCUACAGUUGUACACCGGGAUGAAAAACACUAUCCCUCUACAGCGGGAUAUAAGUUCAGAUCGUGGACAUGGUGUGAUCUUUCCCCGUUUGAGUCAUCUAUAAAGAUCUGCUCGAUGGGACUGUAAAGGAGAAGGUCACAGGAGACAGUGAGAGCCCUUAAAUUGUUGUUAUCACAGACAGACAACAACAAUAGACGGAAAGACAACAACAACGGACUAGCUCGCUAGCUCGCCCGCUAGCAUCUUGCCAACCACUGCGCUGUUUUCAAACGCUAACUGAGAGCUAGCUAACGUUAGCUAACUUCAUCUGCAAAUCUGUCCGUUUGCGCUGACAUUUAAACCGGACGUUGCUUAUAGCUGGUACUGAGUAUCAAGCUACGUUUACAUAGACACGGCCCAGCCGGAGAUGCGUGGAAGAUGUCGGUGUCGGGGCUGAAGGCCGAACUGAAGUUUUUGGAGUCCAUUUUUGAUCCAAACCACGAACGUUUCAGGAUCAUUGACUGGAAGCCUGACGAGCUGAGCUGCCAGUUUAAUGUGACUGGGGAAAAACUGUUAAUUAUCCACUGUAAUAUAACGGAAUCUUAUCCAUCUACGCCUCCAAUAUGGUUUGUGGACUCUGACGACCCGAGCUUGGCGCAAGUUUUGGAGAGGUUGGAAGAUGUGAGAAAAGGCAGCACCCUGCUUUUGCAGCAGUUGAAGAAACUCAUAUGUGACCUCUGUCGGCUCUACAACCUUCCCCAACAUCCAGAUGUGGAGAUGCUGGACCAGCCCCUGCCUGCGGGCCCCGUGGCUCCAGACCGAAAGCACGGGACAGAGGAGGUCACAUCUGAAGAAGAAGAGGAAGAAGAGAUGGGAGAGGACAUAGAGGAUCUGGACCACUAUGAAAUGAAAGAGGAGGAGCCUGUGGACGGGAAGAAAUCCGAGGAUGACGGCAUCGAGAAGGAGAAUCUGGCCAUCCUGGAGAAGAUCCGGAAGAACCAGAGGCAGGACCACUUAAAUGGAGCGGUUUCUGGAUCUGUGCAAGCGUCUGACCGCCUGAUGAAGGAGCUCCGAGAGAUCUACAGGUCUCAGAGUUACAAGACAGGCAUCUAUUCAGUGGAGCUUGUUAACGACAGCCUGUACGAAUGGCACGUCAAACUGAGGACGGUGGAUCCAGACAGCCCCUUACACAGUGAUUUACAAGUCCUAAAGGAGAAGGAGGGAAUGGAUUACAUUUUACUGAACUUCUCAUAUAAAGAUAACUUCCCCUUUGAUCCUCCGUUUGUCCGAGUGGUCUCGCCUGUGCUUUCCGGAGGUUAUGUUCUUGGAGGAGGGGCCCUGUGCAUGGAGCUUCUCACCAAACAGGGUUGGAGCAGUGCCUAUUCCAUUGAGUCUGUCAUCAUGCAGAUCAAUGCCACUUUAGUCAAAGGAAAAGCCAGAGUGCAGUUUGGAGCCAAUAAAAACCAGUACAAUCUCGCCAGAGCACAGCAGUCCUACAAAUCCCUGGUUCAGAUCCACGAAAAGAAUGGCUGGUACACACCCCCUAAGGAGGACGGCUAAAACAGACUCCUGCCUUUCCUGCACUGGGACCACAUGUCUUUGUUUAUUUUUCUCCUUGCGACCAAUAUAUUUAGUUUUAAUCCCGCAAACCAUUUCUGUUCUCUACACGAGUCUGAACUCCAAACCAAAUUCCUUGUUCAGUGCCCACCCAGAUACUAGCACACCUGAAAAUGAAAUCCAAACUCAUCAGCUACUCUCCUCAAUAUUUAUCUCUCUGUACAUCUGUGGUCUGAUACAAUCUCCUUCCAUCGCGACAUUCAUUCCACGCUCCUGGAUAACGGUGGACUAAAUAUCGUGCAGGCUCGGCCUUUGGGGGUGGCGUUGAGCAUGGUUACCUGCUGGCUGAGGGUUGAAAGGUGCAGCAUGGUUUUAUCCGCCAGCGGUGGCAGUGUGAGGCUGCGGGACGCUGCCUCUCUAGCCACAGACUGGAUCCCUGAUAUGUUGCAGUGGUGGCUGUGAAGGACAUUUAAAAUGCUGGUGGAAGAACCACCUCCCUUUCUCUCCAUGGACGGCCUCUGUAAUAUUGCGCUCAUGUAUUAACUUUGCAAUGCCAAGAUCCCUCCUCCUGGAAUAACAUGCUUCUGAGGCUCGCUUGCUUUCAAACCUCUUCUCUUUUUAAAAGCUCGAAGCCCAGAGGUUGGGAGGAUGAGACUUUUUUGCCGGCUGGGUGGGACAUAAUGACGAACGUCAUCAUCACAACCAGCAACUUUCCGUCUCCCUGCAGGAGAGGUUUGGUGCGUCGUCGCUUUGCAACCCAGAAACCAGGCAAAGCAGGGGCGCGUUUGGUUUGGAUCACACUGUAAUGUAGUCGAUUUUAACUCCACGUGUAAACAUGUAAAUUUGUAUUUCUGCAAAAGGAUUUAAUUGUUUAUAAUGUAACCAUGUCUGGGUCUUUGACUGGGCAAAGACUGUAUUACUAUUAUACCCUUGACUAUUAACAGCAGGGGCACUGCAACUUCUCAAGACCCGUUUAGAAUAAGAAAGAGUUGCUUCAUGGAUACUUUGCAGAAGGAAACAAAAGUACAUCGUGAUCUUAUGUAAGCUUAAUGACUACUGCAGUUUUGUUCUCUCUCUUUUUUUUAGAUUGAUUUGUAAUCCUCAUGUUAUUGGCAACAUCGACAGGACCAUUCCCCCUUAGUUGACGGCACCUCUUUACUACCACGGCCGUAACAAUAAUGGCGUAGACACACAGCUGUUUCUGGCAUUCCAGAGGUUUGGCUACUCAUAUCUAAUCACUCAAACCGGAUGAACCUCAGUAAGGCUAUGCAGUGAAGACAGUCUUGUGGAGUUUUGUUGUACUGGAGAAAAUUAGUCUUAACAGUGUAGUCACCUGCUUAGUUCUUGUAGCUGGUUCACAUCCUGAGCACUUUGCCCAUCCUGCAGUCCUUACAGUCUGGAGGGGAAAAGUGACCUUUUCUCCUUCGGACUUUUCUUUGACCUCAUGGCUGUUUUAGUUUUUUUUCUUAGUUUUUUGUUUUAAAUGCAGCCAGAGUUUCAAAUUCACAGCAAUAGUCUCGACCACAUACCCUCUGGCUUCACACCUGGGAAGAUCGACUGGAGUCUGUUCCGUUUUUCCAGAAUAUUUGUGUAGGUUUGAUAAAUAUUUGUUCAGAUUUGCCACAGGAGGGACCCAGCUCUUCCCAUUAGCACCUCUCUGGUUACUAUUCAUAACCACUCUCAGCGCCGCUGUACCCCUCAGCGCGCUGGGUCUUUGAUGUAAUGUGAAUAAUAUGCAGAAAAACUGUGUGGAGCAUUCCAAAUAAUGCAGUUACACGUUUGUUGUGGGUGUUCUAUUGUGUGGUUACUUGCAUUGUUUUAAGUAUAUUGUCCUGAAAACCAGCAUAGAAAGCUUAGUUAUGCUAAUUCAUGCGGUCAUUCCUCAGUUGAUUUAGAAUUUCCUCAGUGAUACUAACCUCAGUCACGACACCAGUGUUUCAAAAACAGGCAGAAAUGGGUUUGAAACAUCGUAUUCAGCCCACGUCUGAAUACUUGCAGCAUACGAAUAACGAGUGUCACUUCACCACAAGCAAAAAUAAAUAAAAAGCCGGACACGAGUAUGGAUCAUCGGCAUGGUUGUUAGCUGUUGUGAUACCAUCGGUAAUGUACUAAUCACUUCAUUCUGGUCACUUUGUUGAGCCCACCCCUGCAUUCUCUGGAGAAGCAAACUCAGGAAUACAUACUGCACACUCGACUUUGCUAAGGAUUGCUUCUGAAUCUCGUCAUGAAAUGCAAGAUUGGAUGUGUCAAUCUUUCCUUUUGGGCCAUUUUAAAACAACUGGCAUACGGAGAGGCUUCGCAGUGCUGUCAAAUUGCACACUCUUCCUGAAUAAUGGUAUAAUAAUAAUUAAGCAAGUUUUUUGGAAAGAGCAGGGUUUUCGCUCUCACCCUCAGAUUAACCUGCGCUUGAUGAGGGGUUCACGACACAUCGACCCUUGUCUCUUUGAUAUUGCUGUACUUUGCAUGUCAAUAUAUCAAUGGGUGUUUUUCCCCAAGCUACUGAAGGCAAAGAGUGGUGGGUUAGGGUGGUAAUAAGACUAGAUGUAUCUGUUUUUUCAUAUUUGUUUCCUUGUGGUUUCCUACAUCAGUGCACAGGUGGGAUUGAUCCCUGUGUGCCGCUUAUUGAACCAGGUCAGAUACUAUGAGAGACACGGGCUUACGAGACAUCCUAGCUGCUUGGAUCCCCUUUUUAAAGAUACCAGGAUUCCCAACAGAAGUAGCAAAUUUGUGUGCCAUCUGAACAAGUUAGCCCACGUCUUUAACCUGACCUUUGGAAUAAUAGUGCACUCCAAGUCUGUAGUGCACUGAAUAACAGCUUCUCUCACACCGACUCCUUUCCUCUGACUAACAGAAACCUUCUCUGCUUUGGCGAGCCACAUAUUGGUCUGAGGCGCGAGUCCGCCUGAUUCUGGGUUCUUUACCUUGCUUCAUUAUCUGCAGUGGCCGGGUUAUAAAGUUAUGCACUGUUAGCAUGCUUUGGUUUGGUUUCCAUUUUUUUUUUUUUUUCAUUGCAAGGGUGAUUUUGACCAUGUAAAGUAAUUUGUAAACUUGCAUCAAGUUUAUAAAUAAAGAAUUUUAUGAAA